AUGCCACCUCGCCGCCGGCGCGGCUCCAAGUCGCAAAGCGUGUCAAGCGCCACCGCCGAUGCGAACGGUAUGCCACCACCAGCUGUCCCCGCCUCCAAGUCGCCAUCACCCGUCGCAACGCGCCACAAGCGCACCAAGUCGGCCACGAGCCCUCCUAAUUCCCCGAGACAGCUGGCGAAUGCGUUGACUACGCGCCCGAAAACCAGCGCAGAACAGCCUUCGAUCUUGAAUUUCAUCGCAGCUACUGCGAUCAGUCUGGCGUUGUCCACUGGCCUACGCUAUGCCGCCUCGACGUAUACAACCUUUGGAAGAGCCGAGCUUGCGGCCAUCUCAAGCCCCGCACACUCACAAGACCCGUACUACGUGGGCGGGCUACUGGUCUGGCGCAUCGUUGUCCUUGCAGUGUACUGGUUCCGCGGCUACGACGCCUACGACGUCGCGUCCCUCUCCAUUCUCACCGCCAUGCCCGUCGCCCUCCUCGAAGUAUUCUUCUACAAAAUCACCCCUUCCGUCCUCGCAAUCGACACACUUAGCGGCCUCAUCUCGUCCGCCGCGCCCUUCGCCCUCCUCCGCGCCGUUGCUCCGGCCCACCACCCCAGCGACAAAUCGACCAAGCACGCCGUGCGCAACCGCCCCAUCCUGACCGACCCCUACACGACGGCUUUCACGUCCCUCCUGGCCGCCACCAUCUUAGCCGUCCUGCUCGAGCUCGGCUUCGAGACCUUCCUGCCCACCUUCCUCAUCAGCAACUUCGAGCACAUCCGCACGCUGGAGCCCGCGCACCACGGCUCCGCGCAGCUGCCCAUCCUGCUCAUUACCCUGCUGCCCGCCGGCGUGGCUUGCAGGUCAUUCCUGUUCGCGCCAAGCACUUCUGCGCCGACCGGAGAGAUGGUCGAGCUGGAUACACGGACCGCCGGCCUGCUGGCUCAUGUCCAGUGGAAUGUCUGGGGGUGGUACUCGAGUCGGCAGAAGGAGCUGAUUGGGCGUGCCACCGUUCUGGCCGCGCUCAUGGCCGCGGAGACGAUGGUGCAGUGUACGGGCGCGCUGGAUGGCGUCGACCUGCCCGGUGCGGCCGGUUAUGCUGGCGUGUGGGUCUUUGGUGUCGCGGUCGUGACGGCCGUUUUGGACUGGGUUGGCAAGCCUAGCGAGUGA